AUGGAACAUAGUAACCACACCAGAGUGACUGAGUUCAUCAUGCAGGGGCUCUUUGACCAUCCUCACCACCAGGGGCUGUUCUUUGGGCUAUUCCUAUGCCUUUAUACAGCAGUCGUCAUGGGCAAUUUCCCAAUCAUUGUGGCUAUUGUUAUCCACCCACCUCUUCACACUCCCAUGUACUUGUUCAUUGCCAAUUUAGCCCGGGUUGAUAUUUUGUUCAGUUCCUCUGUUGUACCUAAAAUGCUGGAAAACCUGUUGCAGGAGAAGAAAACCAUCUCCCUUGCAGGCUGCAUCAUGCAGCUCUUUGUCUUAACAUCAUCACUGGUGAUGGAGCUUCUGUUGCUAACUGUCAUGUCAUAUGACCGGUAUGUAGCCAUUUGCCACCCUUUGCAUUAUGUAAAAUUCAUGAACAAGGAAAUUUGUAUCCGUUUAGCAGUCAGUACCUGGGCUGUUGUUACCAUCAAUUCAUUUGUCCACCUAUUGCUUGUGCUGCACUUGGAUUUUUGUGGGCCCAACCUUAUCCAGCAUUUCUUCUGUGAGUUCCCAGCAAUACUGGCACUGUCCUGCAGCUCCACCUACAUCAAUGAAAUCAUGAUGUUCGUGGCUGACAUAUUCCUGGUCAUGGGGAACUUCCUUCUGACUAUUGUGUCCUAUAGCUUCAUUAUCAUCACCAUCCUGAAAAUCCAGAGCUCCAAAGGGAAGCAGAAAACCUUCUCUACCUGCUCCUCCCACCUACUUGUAGUCACCUUGUACUACUCCACCAUGUUCUACACCUACAUCCAGCUGACCUCCAGUAACCCACUGGAUAAAAGCAAGAAGGUGGCCAUAAUGUACACCCUAGUCACUCCCACCCUGAACCCUGUGAUCUACAGUGUGCGUAAUAAGGAGGUCAAAUUGGCCAUGAAGAGAAUUUUUCCAUUCACCACAAAAAUGAUCACAGCUGAAGCUUCCCUUCUAACAUUCAUCAAUAAAAUAGCUCUUCUUUCUUCUGCUGUUAUAUUUGGUUUCAGCUCCUUCCUCCUCAUCCUGGUCUCCUACAUGUUCAUCAUCUCCACCAUCCUGAGGAUCCGCUCUGCGGAGGACCGUUGUAAAGCCUUCUCUACCUGCAGCUCCCACCUUAUCGUGGUGGGUUUAUUGUACAUGACAGUUAUUUUCCAGUACGUGAAACCCAGCUCAGUCACUUCAUUUGUUUUAGAUGAGCUGGUCUCUAUCCACUACAGCAUCCUGACCCCCAUGCUAAACCCCGUCAUUUACAGCCUGAAAAACAAGGAAAUGAAAACAGCCCUGAGGAAAAUAGUGGAAAAAAAUACAGUAUGUCUUAUUUAA